AUGGCUCCCUCUGCUGUCAGGAAUGUCACGUCGACAGUGUCAUCGUUCUCAUCCGGCAGGCCUCGAAUCCUUGUCCCUGAGAAGCUCUGUUCGGACGGUCUUGCCAUACUCCAGGACAAGUACGAUGUGGAUAACCGCACCGGACUAUCCCCCAAAGACCUCGUCGACACCAUACAAAACUAUCACGCGCUGAUUGUGCGAUCGGAGACGAAAGUGAACGCGGCUGUGCUGGCAGCUGGGAAAAAGCUCCGCGUCGUGGCACGAGCUGGCGUGGGCGUGGACAACAUUGACGUAGACACAGCGACCGAACGGGGCAUAAUUGUGGUCAACUCUCCGAAUGGGAACAUUUUUGCAGCCGCCGAGCACACUAUUGCCCUUCUCCUCGCCACGGCACGCAAUGUCGGCCGCGCGGAUACCACGAUGAAGGAAGGGAAGUGGGAAAGGAGCAAGCUUGUCGGUGUUGAAGUUGGUAACAAGACGCUUGGUAUCAUCGGGCUGGGGAAAGUGGGAAUGAAGGUUGCGCGGAUGGCCGUCGGCCUCGGCAUGACGGUGAAGGCGGUUGAUCCGUACGCCAGCGCAGAGGUUGCUCGCCAAGCGAAUGUUGAGCUUGUGCCUGACCUCGAGCUCCUACUACCCAUGUCAGACUUCUUGACAAUCCACACUCCGUUAAUGGCAAGUACGUUGGACCUGUUGAAGGAGAAGGAAUUUCAAAAGAUGAAGAAGACUGCGAGGAUUCUGAAUGUUGCUCGGGGCGGGGUGUACAACGAAGCCGCCCUUCUUCGUGCCUUGGACGAGGGAUGGAUCGCUGGAGCUGGCCUCGACGUCUUCACUUCAGAGCCCGUAGUGGCCGGCUCGACAGCGGCGCAGUUGGCCCGACACCCCAAGGUGGUCGCUACGCCGCACCUGGGCGCGUCCACGGUCGAAGCCCAGGAGAAUGUCUCGAUGGAUGUCUGUACGCAGGUGGCCGAGAUCCUGGACGGCGGACUGCCGACGGCGGCCGUCAACGCGCCGCUGAUCAUGCCAGAUGAGUACCGCAAGCUGCAACCGUUUGUACGGCUGAUCGAGAAAAUGGGCAGGCUGUACACGCAGCAUUUCGUUGGCGGUAGAGGCGGCAUGAUUGGGGGUCGAAAGUUUGAGCUCAUCUACCAGGGCGACCUGGCAGGCACCACAAACACGAGGCCUCUGUUUGCCGCUCUGGUAAAGGGUCUCGUCUCGUCCAUCAGCGACUCUGGAGGACGAGACGUCAACAUUGUGAACGCCAGACUGACGGCGAAACAAAAGGGCAUCAUCAUCAGCGAGACGCAUAGCGGAGAGGUGAAGAACGCCGUGUACGCCAGCCUGGUGACGCUCCGAUCACACGGCGAGGAUGGCGAACAGGUGAUUGAGGGGUAUGUGUCGGGACAGGGCAUAUACAUCUCCAAGCUGGACCGGUUCAGCGCAACAUUCCAGCCGCAGGGGACGAUGCUGGUGUUGCAUAAUUAUGAUGAGCCAGGCAAGAUCGGGGGUGUAGGAACUGUCCUGGGGCGGCAUGGGAUCAACAUCACCUUCAUGCAGGUAGCCAGCCUAGACGGAGAGGAGAAGAGGGCGGAGGGGGGCAACGAAGCCCUCAUGAUUCUGGGUGUCAAGGGGGAGAUUGGAGGCGAAGUGGUGAAGGACUUGAAGAAAGCUGAAGGUAUUCUGAACGUGAGCCUGGUAAGGAUGUGA